CUCCUCCUUGGCCGGUGGUCGCUUCUACCGCUGCAGCGAAAGCGAUACCUAGCGAAAGCCUUCUCUUGCUUCUUCUAGCAAGUAGCGAGAGUGGUGGUGAAAAGAGCACGGCCACGCGCGAGUGGGUGGUGGGUGAGCGCGUGAGUGGUGGUGGUGGGAGCGAGCUCUCGUGCGGACAUGAUGGAUCACCUGAGCCUGGUGCCCUACGAGGGAGGCAGCGGAGCCGGGGGCGACGCCGGGGCCAAGUACAAGGAGUGCAUGCGCAACCACGCGGCUGCCAUGGGCGGCCAGGCCUUCGACGGCUGCGGGGAGUACAUGCCGGCCUCGCCGGACUCGCUCAAGUGCGCCGCCUGCGGCUGUCACCGCAGCUUCCACCGCCGCGCGGGCAGCCUCACGGGCGGGGCUUGCCCGCCGCCCUUCUUCUUCAGCCCGCCGCCGCCGCCUUCGCACCAUCACCCGCCGCCGCACCACGCCGUGCUGCAGGGUUUCCUCCCGUCGGCGCCCCCGCGGCCGCCCCAGCUCGCGCUGCCGUACCACGCCGUGCCCGCGGCGUGGCACCAUGCCCUGCUGGACCCCGCGCGCGCCGGCUCGGAGACGCCUCCCCGGGCGGACGACUGCAGCCCCGGGUGCGGGAGCGGGAGCUUCGGGAGGAAGCGGCACCGGACCAAGUUCACCCCGGAGCAGAAGGAGAGGAUGCGCGCCUUCGCGGAGAAGCAGGGAUGGCGCAUCAACCGCGACGACGGCGGCGCCCUAGAGCGCUUCUGCCUCGAGAUCGGCGUCAAGCGGAACGUCCUCAAGGUCUGGAUGCACAACCAUAAGCACCAGCUCGCCUCGCCCACCUCCCCCGCGGCCGGUAUCGGCAUGGGCAUGGGCAUGGGCAUGGGCAUCGGUAUCAACCCAGGAGCCCUCGGCACUAGCGCUGGCGCUGGUGCAGGCGCUGGCGCUGGAGUUGGCGUUGGAGCGGGCACCGGCGACGGCGACGACGACGAUACGGACGACGACUCGCCUCCACGCGCCGCCGUCUCAUCGCCCUCCCCCUCCCCCAUCAGCGUCUAGCCGUGCUAGCGCUAGCUAAUGAGUACCGAGUUCUUUUAAUCGCCAGGGCGUUAGAUUUAAUUAAUGCACUCUCAGUCAGUUGUCAGCAAGCAGCUGGUGUAAACGACCCCUGAUCCCCCGCAUGCCUCCCCUGCAGCGGCCGUGCCGUACAACGUGGUACCGGACCGAGGGCAUAUAUGUACCCCCACUCUAAUUCUAGCUAGGCGCCGCUGUUUGUAGGUUCAUUAUCUUUCUUGUCUUGCUUUAAUCCUAGUACUACUACCAGUGCUAGCCUAGUACUAGCUGCAGUGAGUGACUAAUCAUCGUACCCCUGUCAAGAUUAAUGCCGCAUUAAUUUGCUCCUGGCAGUAGAGUGCGUCGGGAUUUGUGCC